GAUUCCCACGGAGAGGCUAAGCAAAUAACUUAUAACAUAGCUAACAGUCUCAAGGGUAGGGGGGUUGUUAUCGGGGAGAAGACGCCGCCAUGGACGAGGCGGAGGAGAUCCUUCUGAGUUCGCUGCGCAGUUCCGGCGUUUCGCUUCCUUCGGGCCUCUCCGCCUCCUCCUCUUCGAUCAAAGGUCUCUCCCCCGACGCCCUCGUCUCCGUCUGCGCUCAAUCUCUUCGCCUAAUCCGUGGCGCCGCCUCGGCGUCCCUCCCGACCUCGAUCCCGGAUGCCGCCGCGGAGCGGUUCAAGGUUUGCGCGGAUGUUGCCGCGGUCAUCAAGUCGAUCGGAUAUAAAGACGAUCUCAGCUUCCACCAGUUUCUAUAUCCAACAAAUGAGGAAUCGUACAAGUUGCUGAGGUUUUUAGUGGAGAGGCUAUCUGAAUCAAUUUUGAAUACAGGUGCAUCAGAUGAUACAACAACCAGUCAUGCUUCUGACAGCACCUUAGCUAGUGGUGAUAGUUCUAAUGAUACAUCAAAAUUGCUUACAGAGUGGCCUAAUAAAAUGUAUGAGAGUCAAGAUAUACAUGAUUUUCCAUGUACUUCCGGAAGAUCAGACAAAGAAUUACGGGAGAUAUCUGAUAUAGAUGUUACGGAAGUAAACACACAUGGGUUGCUUGGUGCUAGUGCAGUUCCAGGGCCACUGGAAGAGUCAGAUGAUGCAGGAUCGUUAUACGGGCAUCGGAAAUGUGAUAUAGAGAUUCAUUGCAAGGAGGGAAAUGUUGGAUAUGUUUCAGAACAACCAAGGAAUUCCACAGAGGUAUGUGCCAAUAAAGAGGAUACUGUGCAGGAAGAUAGUGAAUGUAUUGUUGAACUUGAACAGACACUGGCUUCUCUCCGGUUGGAAAAAUUGAAGCUAAGAAAUGAGACUGAGUGUUUGAAAGAUCAAGAGAAGUCAUUGAAGGAGAAAACACAGUCUAAAGUCUUCGAAAUUCAGGGUCUAGAAGCUGAGUAUGAGCUCCUAAAAGCAGCUGUGAAAAUGGCAUUUGAUGAUCAACAUUCUAUUGAGCUCUGUUUGAAAGAGCUCAAUGAGCAAGCAGAAGCAAGAAGGGGCAAUCUUGUGAAACUGGAAAUGCAAUGGAAUGCACUAAAAGGAACAGCAGAAGUGAGACCACUAUUGCUUGAGCAGUCGAUGCAUGCUCAAAAACCUGAACUGCAAGAAAGGCUAUUGAAAUUAAAAGAAAUUAAACAAGUGACAGAAGCCACAGUGUCAGAAAUUCACAGAAGGGAGGUUGAACAUGCUGAACUAAUUGUGGAGCUUGAUAAAUUGCCAAAAGUUCCUUCUAGAAAAUAUUACAUUGAUCGUGUGACUGAAAUAACAAAGAACAGCUGGAAACAAGACACUGACCUUCAUCGAAUAUUAAAGGAGAUUCGAGAAGUUCAGCUAGAGAGUAAUUCCAUACAGGAAAGGCUUCACAGGACAUAUGCUGUGGUUGAAGAAACAGUUUUCAGGUCCUAAGGGACCAUGGGAGGCUUCGGAGAGGCUGACCUUUGCGGACGGACACGCAAGGGUGCCGCACGACUUAGGCAAAACCAACUAUGUCUGUGACUGAGCGAUAUUAUUCGAAAUUUUAUACCUUGUAACUAUUAGUCUUAUAUGGAACUUUGAGUAUUCUGCUAAUGAUUUUUGUAGUUCAUCUGUAUUGAAGUCUGUUAUGACUGCUUUGUCUACGCAUGCUAUAUCUUAUUUCUUGUCUUAUUAUUAUUUUUCCUUCAAAAGAUCUGUCUUAUAUGGUGAAACUUCUUUCUUUAUCUGUCUUUUCUUAGAACCUCCCCUUAACAGUUUUUCCAUUGUAUUUUGAGUAUUGAUUUCUUUAAAUUGGGUUUCCAUCUUUUGAUCCACUGGAUGCUUUAAAUUCUAUAUGUGAAAAGUCUAGUUUCUUACGUUUAGUUAGUCUUGAUGUUCCUGAAGGGAUUUUUAGUUUUUCUAAUUGCAAUUGUUCUAACUUUUGUAUUUUUCCUAUAAGUUCUAUUUUGGUUUGGAUUAAAUAUUCUAGUAUUGUAUUCAGGAUAGCUGCUUAAUUUUGAUUACUA